AUGGGAGCUGUGAGGAGAACAAAGACGAAGCGAAGGACUAGGGAUUAUGACCAGGUCCGCGCCGAUGUCGAGAACCCGAAGCAUCUUUCGCAGUACAAGGCGACCAAGGAUCCGGAGGAUCUCCCCGGCCUAGGAAGGCAUUACUGCGUCGAAUGCGCUAAAUGGUUCGAAAGUGAUUACAACUUGGUUGCGCAUAGGAAGGGCAAGAACCACAAGAGAAGACUUCGCCUGCUGAAAGAAGAACCGCACUCACAGAAGCUCGCCGAAGCCGCCGUGGGAUUGGGGACGGACAAUGGCGUACGAUCGCAAGAAAACGACGAGAUGGCCAUGGACAAUUGA